UGGAGCUCCAGCGAGAGGGAAUUAGAGUUCUAGCUCCUCUCAUUCAGCAGCCGACGCCCGGGUUUUAGUGGCAGGUAUGUUACUGUACUCCACGGAUUCCAAUGGAUGACUAACCUGGAAGUCUGUCGCAAAUCAGGAUGCCGCUUCUUUUUUUUUCUUCUUUUCUUCUGAGGAACAGUGAAAACUAAUGUCUGCAGUCAGUGGCGCACUCUUACAUUUCUAGUCCACUGUAAGGAGUUUAUUGGAUAUUAAAAAGUCAUGGGUAUCUGGCGGUUCACGUGCUUUUCGCUUCUUUUUGGGUUUUUCCUGUCGUCAUUCUCGGAGUUCACAGGUGGUGCAGAGCUCAACGUUGCUGUUGAAGAGGGCACAAUCAUCCACAUUAAUACUGGUGCUGGCAUAAACACACAGUGUGAAGUUUGUAUAAGUCAAGUGUGCCAGUCUUCUGUGAUCCUCAGAAAUAAUACAAGUUUGAAUUUCAGCUGUUCACAGCCAGAGGAUGUGUUCAUCGUGCAGAUCAUCACAGAUAUUGGAGAGCUGUCAGUUAAAAUGAAAUCAAACAUUGAACCCAAAGAACACCAUGCCUUUCAAAAGUUCAAUCGGACCUUCACCUGGAAUCUGAAGUCUCCAGCUAUGUGGACAGCCUAUUUUAAAUUCAGUACUGGUUUACGGCAGAUUCAGCCUACAGACAGCUGCCCAGACAAACACGUUUACACAAUCACAUCAAAGAAUGUAAGUGUUGGGAGUUUUUGUCAUAAUGGAGCCAUUACAGGAGUCGAAGUGAAUAAUGUUGGAAAACUGUCUUUGGAAGUGUCUGGAGGUCAACCUCUGGACAUGAAAGAUAUCGUUGUAUCACUGGGAUUUGCCAUUUACUGCCUGGCUGUUUUUGAAGUUGUUCUCCCAGAGAAGAGUUCAAUCCAGGAUUUAUUUACCCCAAACACUUUUCCUGAAAAUACAGAGACAAUAUGGCGUUUCACCAUGCCCAAAGUGUACUACAUAGAUUUCCACAUUAUAAGCUACACUGUUCCAACAUGCCUCCAACCUGAAAGAAUCCCAAAAAUGAGGUACAAUCGGAAGAACAAGAAACAACUGGUAAAACCACUGAAUGUAACCCAGCCAUUGGCGGAGACUGGAGACAUUAUGCUCCUCAUAAAGAACUGCGAAAUCUCCAGGUCAGAUCCUCCAUCGGAAGACCUAAUGGUGCACUUUCAAAUCUCUUCCAUCAAGAGAAAAACGGGGCAGUGCAAAAGGAAACUGCCUGAGAAUGAAACGCUACAAAUACGUGUGGUGAAAAAGGAUCCCAAGUCCCCCUGUGUGUUGAAACUGGAUUCGGAUGCAAUGGACACAGUCACCAUAGCUUCAGGAGACUAUUAUGACAUUGAAUCCUUUGACUGUAGCAAGGAUGAACUAGAGUUGACUGUCAACAAGAUUAUAGAAUGUGAAGAAUGGAGAAACUGUGUAUCCACUCCAUUCAAUAUAACCUUCAAUUACAAGGAGAUCUGUAUCCCAGUAGCUCUGAAGACGAUGACAUGGCAUCUUCAUGGCCCACAGAACAGUUCAGUGGAGCUACAGUCCCCUACAGGCGGUCUGCGUUACUGUCUGCCUGAGGACAAAUACAAUAGCAUCCUCCUCCUUAAUGUGUCCCAUGAUAACCCUGCCAUUACUGUUGGGCAGUUUUGUCCAAAGGGAACCAUUGAGAAAAUCCAGAUCUGUGAAUCCAAGAUUGCAGUAACUGCCUCCGUUACAAGUUUAAAUGACCAGAAUUUGGCAACUGAACUCUUUUUAACUUAUUCAUUUACAGAAGACAUAUCAGAGCACUAUAUAUUCACUGUUGCACCAAAAAUGGAUAAUCCUACCGUGUUGGCGACCCCAGCCUGGCCGUCUGGGAUGAAACCCUCCAGCAAUGUGUCCUGGAUCAUUAACAUGGAGCCACAGCUUAAGAGCAAUCUGAAGUUCAUGAAUGUCAGCCAACCCGAGUGUAUUGAGGUUUACACAAACAUUGCAGUGCAGACAAUUCUGCCUCAAACAAUGGUGUACAGCACUAAAAAGGAUGAGAAUAUUAAUGAUGUCCUGGUCCCAGAAAGUUUUUACCUUAACAUGACUAACUGUAAGUCCCCGACAGGAAACUUCAGGGCAAUGAUGGAGAUCAGACUGCAGAGCAACAAAAACAAGCUUCUGGGCAUCAUUCUGAGUAUUGUGGGAAUUAUGUUAAUGAUCAUAACAGCCGUGGUGAUCUGGAUUGUUCUCAGGAAAAAGAAGAGGAAUAAGGCUCCCCCAGUGUCCGUCUACAAUCCCAAUGCUUUCCUUCCAGGCCUCCAUGGCAUCCCCAAAUCACAGGAGGAGGAAGAUCCUCACUCUUAUGUGUACAUAGAUGAUACUCUAGUAUAUUCCCAUCUGCUUGAUAAAGAAGCUGAAAAUGAACAAUGUAAAGAUGAGAGCGGCCCACCUUUACCUGACAGACCAGUCAGCAAAGGUGAAAGCCUAGUCACUAAAGGCAAUGCGUUGGUUUACGGUGAGCUCUAUGGUUAUACUCAGGGACAGUCAACUACAUCUGGCUCACCAAAGUCUCCCAUCAAAACCUCUGAGGACGAGGCCUGUGAAACCAAACUGUGUGAGAGAGAAGAGAGUCCUUGAAGGAAUUGAAUUUUGUACUGUAAAAUAAUUUUUUUUAGGUGUCUAUGACAUUUGUAUAUGUAGUGAUUUUAUGUUUGAAUAUGCUGCAUAUUUUAAAGAUUGUAUGUUUUUGAUGUCUACUUUCAUUUGCACCAUGUAAACUUAGGAGAUACAUUUUCUAGAAAAAGAAACCUGUUUGCAUUCAGAAAUUUUAUUAUAUUGCAAAGUGUUCUCUGUUUAUCUCACUGGUGUAAACUGAAUAUGUGAGUGCCAACUCAAUCUGGCUAGUUGGUGAUUUCAUAUGAAUUUGUACGAUUUGAACUGUAUGAAAACAUAUGAUUUAAAAGUAAAGCAGAAAGGUCCACCCCUAAACAUACCGUUCACUGGGGCAAUAUUGAUCGUAUGAAAACAUAUGAAUAAAUUCAUUCCAAUUCAAAUGAAUUAGCCACUAAAUUUGCCAAAACAUAGGCUAGUUACGAAUUGCCAUGAGGGCGUGUUAACGAUUCUGUUUCUGCUGUCUAGAUUUCAAUAUAGAUGAUCUGAAAGAGGACAGAUGCUGGAGGCUCAACUGCAAACCCAUCAAAACUACUCUUGUUUUAUGGCUCUUGUGAAUCUGCUGAGCUACUUAAAACAGGGGGCUUCUGCUAUCAGUUGUGUAAACUGAUGGUUGUUCCAUCUAGACUUUAAACUAAGUGUGAACUGUGCAGUGCCAGGGAUGCUACUGACAAGCUUAGGAAUCAUGUAGGAAAAUACUCUUCUUGGUUUCCAUCAGGGUCAGAAAUUAACAUUAAGGGGCAAUAUUUCUUACUUUUUAAGGGCAUUUUUAAUAAUUACCUUAUUAAAUAUAUCUGUGUUGUGUUUUAUGUCAUUCAGAAUUCUAUAGCUAUAUUACCAAUAAAAAUUUUAUCAACAGCAACAAAAGCAUCUUUACU